CCAAUAAACCCACACAAACAGCGUCUGUUUGUCCAGGAAAGCGAGGUUAGUAGUGAACAGAGUUGCUUGUGACAGUGGACUCGUAAAACAACUGAAGAGGGAGUUUUAUCCGCGUCUGUCCGUCCGAGCAGUGGCGAGAAGCCCCGUCGCUUAUCGCAACGGCGACAGCCACCAUGAGCCAGAGGUUCACCGUCUCCAAGAGCGACGGCGCCCCGCGCCCCUCGGACAUCCAGGGGGAGGUGAACCAGCUGUUUGAGGGAGACGAGCCCCCCGCCUGCAGCGGCUCGGAAGCUGCGGGUGGCUCCGGGGUGGUGUUGGUGCUGAAAGGU